UUUUAAUAAAUAAAUUUCGAUUUAUUUUGUAGAGUCUAUACUCUACAAAAGACCCUACAACGUAUCUAUCGGCCCAGUUGAAAUGAAAGUUAAUAUGCAAAACGUGCAAAGCGACAAAACUUUCGUGUUACGUAAUAUUCGUAGGCCCCGAUCGGAUGACAGCUGCCAAAACUUUGGCAUGUCAAAUUCAGCAGCAAUAUUUUCAGAACUUUUAAUUUAACUCGAGUGAUUAUUUUUCUUCACAAUUAUUUCCGGUAGAAAUUUGCGAAACAUUAAAUUUGAAGAACAUACUGUUAUCUAGAAGCGAUUAUCAAUGGCGUCCGCCACACCACAGGGAGCCAGCCUGCUUUACGGACUUCGUAAAUCGAAAAAGUUUACCAAAGGCUGGGGGGCACAGCUUCCGGUAGCAUACAAAAAGUUUUGGGACGAAUGGAAGAACCAGCAACCAGCAGCUGUCCAUUAUGUUCCGAAAGACGGGAUGUUCCAACGAGAAGACGUAACUGGGUUAAUAACCCCAAUCCAGAACGUGCCACUGCCCCUGAUUGACCCCCCAGAAGCACACAGUGGAAUCUGGGGUGGAGAAGCCAUUGUGAAGGGCUUCCAGAAGCGAAACCCGUACAAACGUCGAGUUCCUCAUUUUUGGGUUCCAGUCUUGAGACGUUCUGUUGUGCAUAGUCAAGUUUUAAAUGAGUACAUGGCGGUUACCGUUACCGAUCGUACGCUGGAUCAGAUCCACGACAACCAUGGUUUCGAUCACUACCUGUUGAAAACUCCAGCAUGCGAUUUGCGCUCGAUGCUGGCGAUCAAGCUGAAGAAAAAAAUCCUCAUCGAUUUGUUGGCAGGAUGUCCGAAACUAGCCUCCCAACCGGAAAAACAGCAGGCUGUUCUGAAAGAGUAUGCUUGCUAUUUGUCGCAGUACACACCGGAGGAAAUUGAGUGGUAUGGGUUAAGUUACGUUGAAGCUAUUCACAAAAUAAAAACCGAGGUCGAGUCCAAAGAGGACAAACGACCGCAUAAGCUGAUUUUUCGCCAAAAGCUGAUUGAACAGCUGAAAGAGGCCGGUAUCAGCGAAGCACAAGGUAACACCGAAGAAUUGAAAGCAAUGGAAGACUCCGGCUCAUGGCUAUCGAAGCUUAGCUUCAAGCCUAAGAACUGGUAGAAAAUCAGUAAGCAAAAACAGAUCAGUUCUAAAUUUGUAUGCUUAUUAGUAGAAGCUUACCUGGUCAGGAAGAGAAAACUAAAUAGAGUUUAUUCCAUUUAAACCAAA